UCCUCUUAUUAUUCCUCCACCUCCUCCUCCUCCUCUCCUCCUCCUCUCCUCCUUCUCUUCUCAGACAGAAGAUCAGUGUGUGAUCUUUUAGUUUAGUUUGGUUCAAGUGUAGAGCUGCUCGGAUGGAUAUGUGAUUCUGGGAGUUCAGUGUGAAGCCUCGAAAGUUAAUAGACAUCUGUAUCAGCGUUACUUGGACACACCAGGGCACAGCUGGACACAUCUCACGCACACAGAGGAUGGAGGAGGCAUCUCCAGUGAAGUUAUCAGUGGCUGAAUUGGCUGGAAAGUUCAAAAGUCAUCCACUGCCAAUGCCAAGGAGUGAAGAGAGAAAACCUGUUCAAAGGAGCCCUCCAUGUUCUUUGCAGUUGCAUGGCCAGACUGAUAGUGAGAGUGAGAAGGAGAAAACAGCCGUUACACCUCAACCUCCCCCCAAGACCAAGCUGAAGAAUUCUCCCCUUAUUGAAAAGCUGCAGGCCAUUCCCAUACUGACACCCUCUAUACUACUCAACUCAACGAAAGGUCCAGAAGGGAAACAACAGGCUGCACCAUUCUGUGCUAUCAGCCCCUGUUGUCACCAGAGUCCCAACCUGAGGCCCCCUCAGCAGCUCAGUGAAAAUGAGGUGCCCAUCAGCUUCGAGCAACCAGCUGAGGGCACCACACUUCCAAACAUUAACAAGUGUCGAGUCCGGCUUUCUUUCAAGCGGCGACCACCAACUCGUCCACACAGAAAGUCAACAGGUGAUGAGGGGGUUUCAGACACACCUGAGGAAAACAGAUCUCCUUGUGAUCCAAACAGUCCUGAUACUCCUGACAAGAAUGACAGUACCAAGGAUGCAUUGAAUGUUUUUGAGGAUGAGACACAAGAGAACCAGGAAGACUCCACGCCUCCAAUCACCGUACAAGACACAGAGCUGCAGGAAGAACUCAACGAUGUGACCAAGGACAAUGAGGGGAGUGGAGACACUGAAGGGGAGAACAAGGAAGAGGUAGCAGAGGAAAAGAUUGCAGGAAAUCCUGAGACUUCAGGAGAUCUGGACAACCCACAAGUUGAAAAAGCACUUGAGGAACAAAGCAAAGGGGAGACGGAAUGUGCAAAAAAAGAAGACGACACUGCAGGAGAAUCUACUGAAGAGAACUUGGAAGCAGGGGAUCAAAAUCAGGAUCCAGCUUCCGGGGACUGAGCUCUACAAACAUAUAGCUGUGAAAGGUGAAGAUCCAAUGGAGGACAUCAACCAGAGGAAAAACACUGGCCAAAUGCAAAGACUUGUGUUUUAUCAUUUCGGACCUGGACCUGGACUUAUGCUCUGAUGUAUGCUUUAAGCCUGAGUAUUAAAAUCAACAGUGUAGCCACUAUCACACCAGUUUAAAAGCCUUGCAUGGUUAAACAUCUAACAGUGGCCUAGGAAUAUACAGUAUUUUUAGACUAUGAGCAGAAAACAAAAUAUUACAUUUGUAGAUGAAAUAAACCUGCCCAUAUCUUUUAUUUUCCUCCUGGAUCAUGACACCAGUGUAUAUUUCAGAAACUUCCUCUGUCUCUGAUAUUGUGUAGCUUGCAAAUGUAGUCUUUUAACUGUUUAGAAUAGAGAGCAAUGGCUGGUGCAGAUACUGUUAUCGAAAACGAUGUUAUUAACAGCUCUUACUAAACCUCAAUUCCUAUGCAAAAUAUGUAACAUGUUAGAGCGAUUUCUACCCUCUUUAAGAGAAUAACUAUGCAAAAGAUCUUUCAAGAUUUUUUUUCUUGUACAUUGAUUAUUUUCUAUAUAAGAAUGAGCUUUAUAUUUAAAAAUGUUUGGAUUUGGUUUUAUAUAAUUUGAAUUUAUGUUUCAUGUUAUUAUUGAUAAUGCAAUAAUGGGACAGUGGCUCCAUACUGACCAAAGCCACCUAAGAAUUAUGUCUUUUAGAAAAGGAUCAAGCCCAAGUUAAAACCUAUUUGAAGGCUAGAUAGUUAGUGGGGACAUGCUUCUUCAAAUCUGAAGCACUUUGCACAGUCCACAAGGGGGCAGUCGAUCAAAGAUUCAUACAUAAACUCUUGCCAUUGAAUCAAAGACAUCUGAAAGUGACUGUAAUGCUGCUUGCAAUUAAUCAAUACACCCAUGCACCAAACAUUAAAACACUUUUUAGCUGAAUGUGGAACUUUUUAGUGAAACUUGCAAUAAUAAUAAUAAUAAUAAUAAUAAUAAUAAUAAUAAUAAUAAUAAUAAUAAUGUUUAUUUAUGAAAGUUGAAAAUGUUAUGUUUGAUCUUCACACAUCCAUUAUUGCAUAUUGGACCACAGUGUAAAUCAGAAUGUUGCCUUUUUGAUACCUUGAAACUCCACAUGCUUCUCAUCUUUUUGCUUUCCAGAUAAACUCCCUUACGUAAGACAUUCAUGUAGCAUCAUUUUUAACUCUCUUUCAAGGAAAGAUUUGUGUGUUGACUUAAAUGUAGAUAUACAGUAGAUAUCACCUCAAAUACAGUUCAUUACAUUGGAGUUACAAAGCAGAUGCCACACCUGUAACUGAUUAAACAGGUGGAAUCAAGUGUGGCUCCUGUUUGACUGAAAUAAAUCGACUGAAACCA